AUGUCGAAUACCGAGCAGAAGGGGCCGCAACCGGCUCAGCAACAGCACGACAAACCACUGAAGAAACGUGCCGUUGUGUCGUCGUUUCUGUUCAAGUUUCCUGACGGGGGUCCAUCCGCAUCAUCAACACGGGACGGAAAGAAGCCUCUCGUGGCCCUCUUCCGGCGGAGCGGGCUAAACCCCCUGGCGACGGCGUGGCGCGAGAUCCAAGAAGAGACGACGCUUACUUCGUCCUCCGUGACGUUCUUCCGCAAGGGCAAAGAGUAUUCUUUCGCUGAUCCCUCUGUCGGCCGUGAAUGGACCAUCUACGCGUUUGCUUUUCGUCUCAAGAGUAAAGAGGAAGGUGGCCAGGACGAGGAAGGCAUCAAGACGGACUGGGAGCAUGAAGGUUGGGAGUGGCAUGAUCCCGAUGCUGUCGUUGCUGUCGACGACGAGGAGGCUUUUGGCGGAGUGCCCCGGUUGAAGGAGUCGCUGCGACGGGUCUGGUUCGAGGGCGAUUUUGGUGCACAAUCCGCUGCUGGUCGGACGUUGGCGGCUGGAUUGGAGCGAUUGCAGGCCGAUCACGAGAGUGGUUCACGACAACUGGCUGCCAUCGCCCUGGGGGUGUUUCGAGAGACGGUAGCGGAAAUGGGCGGGCCGGAUGGUGGUAAUAGUGAAGCCUGGUGGGAGAAGGCACGAAUGGCUGCGUGGCAUCUCUGGAAGAACGGACGAGAAAGCAUGGGCGCGCCGAUCCUGAACGCGCUGAUCGCUGCGCUGGUCGAUAUUGAGCCGAUAGUACUGGACACUGAGGGAAAGGAGAAUAAUAAGAGGGACCCGAUUCUGGCCGCGAUCGACCGGCUUAUCGAGAAGCGCAAGUCUACGACUGCGCGAAUCAGCGACGCGUUUGCAUCCUACAUCCAGAGAAAUGUUCUCAACAGGAAAGAGGACUCGUCUUUGACCAUCUUGACGCUCUCUGCUAGCUCUACCAUCCGCGACUGCAUCGUCCACGCAGCCAUUUCGUCUAACGCUCAAUUCGUCGAUCUUCGCGUCCUGGAGUCUCGGCCCCUGUACGAAGGAGUCAGCGUCGCGUCGGCGAUCCUGUCUGAUUUCCGCUCUCAGCCCAACGCUCCUCGCAUCCAUGUCAGUAUCUACACAGAUGCGUCUGCGGCUCUGGCGUCUGGUGGCGUGGAUAUCCUCCUGCUGGGCGCAGACCGCAUCUCCGCGGACGGCGCCGUCAGCAACAAGACGGGCUCAUUGCCAGCCAUCCUGAGUGCACGCUGCGUCUCUCCGUCGACAAAGGUAGUGGUCCUCAGCGAGUUGGAGAAGGUGGCCGAACCAGGCGACCCGCACUCGCACGUCGUGGAGGAGAACAACCCGGAGGAAGUGAUCCAGGCAUGGCGACACAGCGGUGUGAAGGGGGUGAACGUGAUCGACGAGGCGUUGAAGACGCAGGCGCAGCAGCAAGAAGACGGCAAAGCCACCGUCUCGGUGAAGAAUAUCUACUUUGAAUGGGUGCAGCCGGAGAUGAUUAACGGAUUCGACGCGUACGUCUGCGAGGAGGGCGUUCGCACGGUGGCUGAGAUCAAAGAGCGAUCUGCCUGGGUGGGGGAGCAGAUUGAGAGGUUUUUUGGCGGAUUGUAG